GGGUCUGGGUGGGUCGUGUGGGCGGAGCUGGGUAGUGACAGUCUCUCGGUCUCCUUCACUUCGCCCUCCAGCAGCACGCACCGGCCAGGCCGCACACAGCUCUACACAGUCAAGAUGGCCGUUCCUCCUUCCUAUGCUGACCUUGGCAAAUCUGCCAGAGAUAUCUUCAACAAAGGAUAUGGUUUUGGGCUGGUGAAACUUGAUGUCAAGACCAAGUCUGAGAGUGGAGUGGAAUUCACUACAUCCGGCUCCUCAAACACAGAUUCUGGUAAAGUGAACGGCAGCUUAGAGACCAAAUACAAAUGGGGAGAAUACGGCCUGACUUUCACAGAGAAAUGGAACACUGACAACACCUUGGGGACUGAAAUUACCAUUGAAGACCAGAUUGCAAAAGGCCUUAAGCUAACAUUUGACACAACCUUUUCACCAAACACAGGGAAGAAGAGUGGGAAGGUCAAGGCUGCUUACAAACGCGAGUUUGUAAACCUGGGUUGUGAUGUGGACUUUGAUUUUGCUGGUCCUGCCAUUCAUGGCUCGGGGGUGGUAGGUUACGAAGGUUGGCUAGCCGGUUAUCAGAUGACCUUUGACAGUGCCAAAUCCAAGCUGACCAAGAAUAACUUUGCAGUUGGCUACAAGACAGGAGACUUCCAGCUCCAUACUAAUGUCAAUGACGGAUCGGAAUUUGCUGGUUCCAUCUACCAGAAAGUCAGUGACAAACUGGAGACCUCAGUUAACCUGGCCUGGACAGCUGGAAACAAUAGCACCCGCUUUGGCGUUGCUACCAAAUAUCAACUGGAUUCUAAUGCAGCCGUCUCUGCAAAGGUGAACAAUGCCAGUCUUAUUGGUGUAGGCUACACCCAGACCCUCAGGCCAGGGGUGAAAUUGACGCUCUCUGCGCUGGUAGAUGGAAAGAACAUUAAUUCUGGUGGCCACAAACUUGGCUUGGGUCUGGAUCUAGAGGCUUAGGCACCUUCUUUCUACCGCCUGCAAGCAACGCCAAGGGAUAUCCAGGAAAUUGGCCUUACCUACAUCUUUGUUUUCAGUACCAUAACCAGCAACUAUUAUAUUUUGCCUCCCUCUGUUUGUCCCCAAUCCAUUUCUGACAUAGGACAGGAGCUAUUUCAAGGUAGCUGUUGAUAUCUGGAUGAGCCUAGUUACAUUUGCCUGGUAACCCUCCUCUAUGGGAUCCUACAGAGAAGCGCUCCCCCCUUACACGUUAUUUAAUGUGUAUUUAACUAUUUUUGUAGUGCUUCCCACCCAUAAUGGUGACCUAGACCUCUGAUUUAAGGGAAACACAAAAUUGUACAUGUGUAUGCAUGUUUGUUUUUAUGUUCCUUUUUAACAUUUGAUACUGCAAAGUUCUCAGCAGGAUCGGAGCCGUAGAUGAGAUCACCCAGAGGGACAGCAGUUUUCAGUAAAUCACCUUUAUUUUGUGAGGAUUUUUGAUAUCCCCUACUGUAAGAAUCAUGAAUAAAAACAAAACUUACAUGUGCAA